AUGGCAAUUGAUACUAACAGCGUGGUAUACUUGCACCCCAAUGAUGGUUCCUAUUUCAUCUCUGUUGAUAAACUGACUGGUGCUGCAGACUACAGAUCAUGGAGAAGAUAUAUGGAAAUUGCACUCGCCUCAAAGAAGAAGAUAGGCUUUGUUCUGGGCACUGUUCUCAUAUCAACCUAUGCUCAAGAUCCUGUCAAGGCAGACCAAUGGGACACCUGCAACUCUAUGAGGUUCUCAAUGGGAAAUGGAUCUAGGAAAUAUAAGUUGAACAAAGAUCUAUAUCAACUUAAACAAAAUAACAACUCUGUUAAUCAAUAUGACACUGCUAUGUCUAGUUUAUGGGAGGAACUAGACUCAAUGAGUGCUCUUCUUGUAAUCUCUGAACCAUCUGCAGAUGUUAGAAAUUUGUUGAAUGUUGUAGCUAGAAAUCAGGAAGAAAGUAGGUUGUUUCAGUUCAUGAAUGGCUUAGAUGAUCAUUUUGGUGCUAUGAGAAGUCCGAUGCUCAUGCUAACACCAUUGCCUACAGUAGAAUCUGCUUGCUCUAUGUUGGAGCAAGAAGAGAGUCAGAGAGAAGUUUUGCUUCCUCGAGCUGACCCUGAUGUUUCUGCUAUGUAUAGCAGACAGAAUCCUGAGAGAACUAGCAUCACAUGUUCUCAUUGUGGUGGAAAAGGCCAUCUUCAAAGCAAGUGUUGGUACUUGCAUGGAUUCCAAAGAAACCAUUCAAACCCAGACUUAACCCAUUCUAUAAUGCAGGGAAAGGCAAGAUAUCUGACCAAGCCUGGAAUUCAAAACCUUCACCCAGACUUGCAGCAACUGCACAGUCUUCUUAGGGUGGAUCUGGUAAUGUAA